UGGAAAACAACAAUUAGGUAGAAUUUUGGGAACUUUAACGAUCGAGGCCGGCCUAGCCCGUAGAUGUUCCUCGAUAAACGUGCAUUCAUAACACUCAGCUCCAACAACCUGCCACUUGUCCUUUUUGAAAAUGGCCACAACCAACCCUCUGCAGAACGCUGCAAAUUACCUAGACGACGAUAUUGAGGAAUAUUCCGAUGACGCCGAAUCUCUCGCAUCGAUCGAAACUGACGACGGCGAAGAGCACCUCCCUGAGAAGAUAAUCGCCGAGUGGCAAGGCAGGCACGGAUUUAUCUGGUACCUCGUGAAGUGGCAGGAUUGUCCUAUUCUACGAUCUAGCUGGGAAAGUGAUACCAGCUUCGAUAAUUUCUCGAAGCUUUUGGAGGACUGGGAGGUUGAAAAAAAGAAGCAGGAUAGGGGCGAAUCGAAACCGCUUGAUAUUGCUGCGUUCAACAAGGCGGUGUUGGAAAUUGAGGCGGCCGAGAGGCAAAGGAGGAUACUCCGAAGACUUAAGCGGAAAAUCAAACGUGUUAUCUCCAUCGUUACCGCUUGAAAAAUCCUGGACUUAGGCAAAUCGUCUGGAACGUUGGUUUGAUUGGAGGCGAAACGCUGUCAGAGGAGCCUUCUCGUGUUGCCACCUAAUUUUCAAGAAGAAAGAGACGU